GAUCGCGCCGCCCACAACUCGGUGUCGCGGCUGUCCGAAUCGGUCUCGCUUGACACUGUACCCGGACCCCGAAGCGAUCGUUUUCGUUCUUUCGGGUUGCUGCGAUGGACGAUCCACACGGACAAGACCUUCUGGAAGUCGACGGCCUGUCCCAUGCGGGAGACGAUGCCGAGCCAACGCCCCUGUCGGACCUCCACGCGCACGACCUGAACCUUUCCGUCGGCGGGAACGGACCCGUUGCGGGGGGCGUCGGCGUUGGCGUCGCCGUUGGCGUUGGAGUGGAAGUUCCCGUGGGCGUUUCGGCCACCGGGGCCGAUCCCUACGGCGGCGAAAGCACCGCGGACCGGGACGACCUGCUGCACGCCCACGAUGGCCUGCCGCUGGCCCCGGAUCCGGCGCACGAGCGGAGGAACCGGGACCUGCUGGAGCGGCUGCACCGGCAGUACCACGGGCACCACCCGUACGGCGGCCACGGUCGAAGCCGGUCCGAUUCGUUCGGGGUGGAAGAGGGCGGCGGUGGCGGCAACGACGACGACGGCAACGACGGCAACGACGACGACAGCGACGGCAUCGCGGAAGCGACCGUCCUGGCCCUGCGGCAGGAAGCGGCGGAGAACGCCGGUGGAAUCGCCGGGCACCACCCGGCCGAGCUCGGCGACCCGAUCGUCGACCAGCUCCGACACGAUCCGCACGGGGCCCUCGCUCUGGACCGGGGGCCACCGCCGCCCCCGGUGGACGACCCCCCGGCGGGCCCACGGCUGCCGAUGCACGGGGCGGCCGUGUUUGUUCCGGCGUUACAGCCGCAAAAACAGAGCCUCUGCCGAUCGGUGGACGGCGACGGCAGCAACAGCCGCAGCGGCAACCACGCCCCCCAAACGCGCCAAUCCCCCGGGGAGACCGGCGGGGGCGGCCUCAAGCGCCGGCGGACCGGGAGCCCUUGCACCCGGGGGGACGCCACCGCAACGGGGGGGACGCCCAAGCCCGUCCGCCGCCGGCGGCGGUACAACAACGACUUCAAGGCGGAGGUCCUCGGCCACCUCGGGGAAACCCGCGGGACCGUUUCGGGAGCGGCCCGGAGGUACGGCCUCCCGGAGAACACCGUCCGGGAGUGGACCCGGUCGGGCGUGGCCGGGGCGAUCGACCGGGCCCGGGCCGCCACCACCGAAGGCGGCGGCCUCAAGGCCAACGUGCGCAAGGACCCGAUGCGCAAGCUGAAAGAGGAGCUCGUGGGCUUCUUUGAGUACAACAAGGGCCUGCCGGAGGAGCACCGCCAGCGCGUCUCGACCAAGCUCGUCGCGGCCAAGGUACGCACACACCAACGAAACGCGGGGGGAAACAGACACUUUGUGGUUGUUGUUGUUGUUGUUGUUGUUGGAAUUGUUAUUGUUGUUGUUAUAUUGGAGAGGUGAAGCAACAAGGAUGGGCCGGGACCCGGUGCCAAUCACUGCGCAGUACCGAGGCAGCUUGUAGCAUUGCUCUAGUUCGAUGCAACGAUUCUUUGGUUUCGCAACCGAUCUCAUCUUGCCGUGUUUUCGAUCCGCUCGCAACCCAAACCCGAAACGGCAGGGACUCGAGGUCCGGAACAACCUGCUCCGCAUCCACGAGACCAACCCACUGUUUCUCGACGAGAAGGAACUCAAGGCCCUCGAGGCCUUUCGCGGGAGCGACUCCUGGGCCAAGAAGUUUGCCAAGCGGCAAAACCUGAGGAUGACGGGGGCCCGGGUCCGGGGCCUCUCGGAGGAGGACGUCGCCGGCUACCACCGGUCGCUGAAACAGAUCUCCGUCCGCGUCGGGCAGGCCGGGCCGGGCUUCGAGGAGGCCGCCGCCCUCAUCCAGCGGGCCGCCGAGAAGCUCCUCUGCGCCAGCAUCGUGCACUCGGCAAAGGCCUCCGGCGCCGGCCCAAGGGGGGGGCAAGGGUCCACCGCCGGGCGUUCCCAGCGGCAGCAGCUGCGGCCGCCCGUGCGGGGGGGUGCUUCCGCUUGCCCCGGGCCGCCCGGGCUCUCGCCGCCGGACGGGGCCGGCACCGGCGUUCUCGGGGUCGCCCUGGAUCCGACGGGACCGGUCCCCGGGCAGGGACAGAACCACUGCGUCUCGCCGACAACGACGCCGCCGCCCCCGAUGGCGGAAACCCCCACGAUGCUGUCCGGGGCGUGACCGUGCAUUGUCGAGCCUUCCCGACCGGCCCGGUGACCGAUCGGUGGGUUCCUCGCACACACACCAGGAACCGAGCCACACACACAGGGCGGGUGCCUCGGACGCGAAGCAAACCGGAAUACAACUGUAACAAUACU